AUGUCUACCUUUAAGUUCCGUAAUGAGCUAUGCGGUCACACCAGUGAUGUUAGAAGUCUCUGUAGCCCCUCUGCUGGUGUUAUUGUUUCGGCUUCACGGGACUUGUCUGUACGUUCUUGGAAACUUGAUGAGGCUACUCCAAAUGCUCACCAAGGGAAAGAAUAUGAGAAACACGAAAACUACGUAACAACCGUUAUUUACGCUAAGCCCACUGAAUUUUUCCCCCGUGGUCUUAUACUGACUGGAUCGAAUGAUCGGCUUAUUCGCGCGUUCACUGAUGACCAGCCUGAGCCGAUUUUUAUUUUACAUGGACAUACCGAUACAGGCACUGGAGCAACAAUAUGGGCUGUUCUUUUCUUACCGACUUCUCAACUUCACCCUGAUGAAUAUCUUGUUGCGACAGGAUCUUCGGACUCAGUUGUAGCUAUUUGGCGCAUUCCUUUUGACUCUCUAAAUCCUGGUUCUGCUUCCUUUGAGUCAUCGAAACCUGCAAGGAUAUUGGCUGGACACACAGACUGUGUGCGUUCCUUGGCCCUCCUCGACUCAAGUCGUCUUAUUUCAGCCAGCAAUGAUGGAAGCCUUCGUUGUUGGAGUAUUGCUUCUGGAACGUGCCUUGCUGAAUUUUACGGGCACACAAACUUUGUCUACUCAGUGGCAGUUGACCCAGGAGCUCAGUUUAUUGCCUCUUCUGGUGAGGAUCGGACCGUUCGCGUCUGGACGAUUCCAGCCGAUGGCGUGGGGUAUGUACAACAGAUGGAGUGUGAACAGACGUUAUUUCUGCCUUGCCAGACGGUUUGGUGUGUUGCGAUCACAGCUGAUGGGGAUAUUGCUGUUGGAUGCAGGCAAGUUACUCACAUCUUUGUGAAGGUCAACGCUAUCAGAAAGGAUCUUAGUAAACCUACUUUUUGGCUUUGCUCCCAUAGUGAUGCAAAAAUUCGUCUUUUUUCGCGCAAAGCCGAACGCCAAGCGACUGGAACUGCAUUAGAAACCUACGAAGCCGAACUUGCUUCUUCGAAAAUGGCUGCAGGCACCCUAGGCGAGGUGGACAAGCAUGCUUUGCCUGGCGUUGAAGCUCUUUGUGUACCUGGCAGAAAUGAAGGCCAGGUGAUGGUGAUUCGCGAGGACGCGGGAGUCGUGUGCUAUCAGUGGUCGGCGCGCGAGUCCCGCUGGGUCAAGGUGGGCGACGUCGUUGGCUCAAUCGACGACUCCGCCACCGGGUCGAAUCGAACCCUCUUUGAAGGCAGGGAGUACGAUUACGUGUUCACGGUGGAUUUCGAUGAGAACGCCCCCCCGGUAAAGCUGCCUUACAACAAGACAGACGACCCCUGGCACGUGGCGCAGGCAUUCCUCUUCAAACACAACCUCCCCCAGGACUACUUGGACACGGUGGCGAAUUACAUUAUCAAGAACGCCGGCCUCGACAAGUCCUCCUUGCCCUCCUCCGUCACCGGUGGCUUCUCGGACCCCUUCACUGGCAGCGGUCGCUAUGUUCCCGGUGGGUCGAGUGGGCACCAAUCGAAUGCAAGUGGUGCAAACGCUGCAGACUAUUUCCCUGCGAAAGAAUGCAUCACCCUGGAGACGACCAACGUCCAGGUGCUCUUGCGCAAACUAGUCGAAUUCAACUCAAGCGCCUCAAAGCCCUUGCCAGAUCGCGCCCUGCAGAUUAUUGAAAAAAUGAGUCCUGAGAUGCCUGACCAUGAUGCUCUCUACCUGACGCAAAGUAUUCUCGAUGCCAUCGCACAGUGGCCAGCUGAGACGGCGUUUCCCCUCUUCGACUUGCUUCGUUGCCUGGUUCGUUGGUCGAGUGCCAGUGAAGCCAUUUUCCAGCCCGAUGCUUGGGCUUGUGUUUCGCGGGUGUCCGGCCUCCAGGGUCUGUUGGAGUCCUCGACAGCGUCUGAGCCCCCACCGACUCCUGCCCAGGUCAACUGCCUCCUCUUCACCUUCCGCUUGAUGACUAACGCCAUCGCCAUUGACGGGUCGCGUCCUGACAUUAUCGCCAAUGUGCCCGCUUCCCUGCCUCUCAUCAUUCGUCUAGCUUCUAAAUUUGCCAGUCUCAUCACCGGUAGACGAAUAGACGCGUUUUUCGAUAAGAAAGGUCAUCAGGUUGCCGUAGCUACACUGAUCUUUAAUUUAUCCACAUUCGCCCAUCUACACCAAAGAAACGACAAUCUCGUGUCGAUACUUCCUGCUCUGCGCGGCCUUCCCGGUCUUUGCACGAGGAUGGCCAUCAGUCUGCUGUCCUACUACGGAACCGAGCCGGGCGUCGUGGUCCGCUGCCCGCCCGAGGUUCCCCUUCGUCUGUUGCGUGCACUCGGCACCGCGAUAGUCACGUCCAUUCCCGAGACCGCCGAAGACGGUGGUGAUGCGGUGACCAAGUUGAAGCGCACGCGUCUGAUUGGCUCUGCUGCUGCGGCAUCGGCGGAGGAAGACCCGUUGGCUGGGUGGAAUCGCUUCCGUGACGUGCUUGGUUUCUGGGCGAAAACCGCAGCGGUGCAGCCUGCUACUCGUGGCUGUGCCAAUGCUCUCAUGGAAUGCCUAAGUGACUCGCAGUUAUGA